GCGAAGAGCAAAGACUGGAAACAACACGUGAACUCGCAGCAGUGAAGAUUUGAAAACUCUUGUGAGUCGUCUCGUCAUGCAUCUUUGUCGGCGAUGUGUGAGUUUGUUGCUCGUGAGGCCGUUAUUAUCUGCAGCUCUCCAGCCGUCAACACACACACUGCAUCAGCGCUCGCAUCAUAUCCUGCUACAGCACAGCCGGGAACAGCCACCCGUCCACAGUCUCACACUGAGGCACAGUAUAGAGACAUGGGCACCGUGUGGAAGACGAAACUUAACCGACCACCAAGCCGCUUCACCAGAUGUGUAUAAUAAUAAGACUGAUCUUGCUGAAAGAGAGGUUGAAAAACAUAUUGUGCCAUUUGAAAAUUUGAACGUGCAUCAAAUAUCAAACCAAGAGUCUCUUUCGGAUAUAGGCUUGGAUGCAGUUGUGCGUCCUUCUCCUCUUCAGGAAAUCAGUGAGGAAGAAGCAGUCCAGAUCCAAGUGCCUUCUGCACUUCCGCCAGAUUCUUUCACACUCAAACCUUAUGUGGAUAAAUCAGAAACUCUCAGCAAACUUGUUCAGCUUGGUGUCAACCUGUGGGAACUAGAGCAGAGACCCAAUGUGGGCUCCAUGCUGAUUAGGCUUGACUUCCAAGCUGAUGUUGCACCCAGACUACUCUUCCUCAAAGAUCUGGGAGUUGAGGAGUCUAAACUGGGCACACUGCUCACCAAGAACCCCUUCAUCCUCACAGAAAGCCUGGACAACCUUGAAGCCAGGGUGUCCUAUUUAAAAACAAAGAAGUUCAGUCAACAGUCUGUGGCUGUCAUGGUGAGCAAAGCUCCAUAUCUGCUUAACUUCAGCGUUGAGAGGCUCGACAACCGCCUUGGGUUUUUUCAGCAGCAGUUGGGACUCAGUGCUGAGAAGACCCGAAAUGUUGUGACUCGUCUACCGAAACUACUGUGUGGAAGUUUAGAGCCAAUCAAGGAGAAUCUAAAGGUUUGUGAACUGGAGUUUGGAUUUCGUGGAAAUGAAAUCCAACACAUUGUCACAACUGUUCCUAAAGUUUUAAUCGCUAAUAAAAGAAAACUCACCCAAAUAUUUGACUUCGUUCACAACACCAUGGAGGUUCCACACUCACUUAUUGCAAAGUUCCCACAGGUCCUUAAUGCCAAAUUCCUUCGCAUCAAAGAGCGGCAUUUGUUUCUGGAGUACUUAGGCCGGGCCCAGUACCAACCAUCUCAACCCAACUACAUCUCUUUGGAUCGCUUUGUGUUCCUGCCUGAUGACAUUUUCUGCUCAGAAGUAGCAUUAGCCACCCUUGAAGACUUUGAAAGAUUUCAGAAAACAUUGUAGAUGUACAGAAUAAAUUAAGUUACUUUAAGUUGGGUUGUAUGAACAUAGUCUUAUAAAUAAAAAUUUAACGCCGACAUGAAAUAUACGUUUCGAUAGUCUUUUCUUCCCUGUUGUGACCUAUAUCCGAGUGAAACUGCAAACAAGAACAAAUGUAGGGCGGGGCUUGAUUUUGUCCAUAGGGAAUUGAUUGGAUGGUUGUGGUUUGCUAUUGGUGGAUCUCAGGUGAGUGACAGGUUGCCCCGCCCUUGCGCCAGUAAACACUUCAUAAGAGAAGAGAUGUCGCUGUAAG